CAAAUUUUACUUUUUUCGUCAUAAUCUGUGAUUUCAAAAAUGUUCAAAACAAAAGAUAACCUCUUGAAAUCUAUACAAUACAGGUGGUCUUUCACAUUAUUCCAAACAAAAUGAUAUUCAUGAAUUGUAACUUUUUAAUUCAGAAGAUCUUCAGACAGCCUUUAAGUAAAAUGUAUUCUAGUGCAUCAAAUAUCACUAGUGUCCACUUUGAGGAAGGAAUAAAAAAAAUCACAUUGAAUGAUUUCAAAACCAGAAACUCAUUAUCCAUAGCCAUGAUGCAAAACCUUGUCGAGCAUAUAACUCAGGAUGAAAAUAAUCAAGAACUGAGGGUGAUAGUUCUUGCUGCCGAAGGGUCAAUAUUUUCUGCUGGACAUAAUCUUAAAGAACUCACUCCGGAAGUUGGACGAUCUCAGCAUGAGGAAGUGUUCAAACUAGCAUCACAGCUAAUGUACAGCAUCAUUGAUAGUCCUGUUCCAGUUAUAGCUCAAGUUGAUGGAUUAGCAGCUGCAGCAGGGUGUCAACUCGUUGCUCAAUGCGAUAUUGCCAUUUGCAGCAAUAUUAGUAAAUUUUCUACACCUGGAGUCAAUUUUGGUCUAUUCUGCUCAACUCCAGGAAUUCCGCUAGCUAGAAAAGCACAUCGGACAACCGCCUUAAAAAUGCUACUGACAGGUGAAGCCAUAUCAGCUGCUGAAGCCAAAUCUAGCGGUUUGGUUACAACAGUCUGCCCCUCUGAGGACCUCGAGAAGGAAGUCAAAAGGACCUGUGAGGCGAUCAAGUUGAAGAGUCGUUCUGUGGUAGAGUUGGGAAAGAAAUUCUAUUAUAGGCAAGUGGAUAUGGAUAUCAAGAAGGCCUACGAGUUGGGAGGUGGUCAGAUGGUUGAGAAUUUGAGCAUCGCAGAUGGUAAAGAGGGCGUCAGAAGUUUUGUCGAGAAGAGGAAACCGAGAUGGUCUCAUUGAUUGAAUGUUAAUGAUAUGCUUUGUUAUUGUUUCAUAUUUUUGAUUACAUUGUUUCAUUAGAAAA